GUAUAUGGUAUACGCGUGGGUAUACGUUGUUUUUUGUGCAAUCGACUACAUCAAUUUAUCUCGUUUCAUAUUAUUGUCAUUCGGCAAUAAUGACGAUUCACAACUUAUAUAUUUUCGAUCGCUAUGGUACUUUGCUAUACUACGGGGAAUGGAACAGGUCUAAACAAUCUGGAAUGUCGAGAGAGGAAGAAGGCAAGCUGAUGUAUGGGAUGCUGUUCUCAAUCAAGUCCUUUGUAUCCAAGAUUUCCCCAUUGGAUCCCAAAGACGGAUUCCUCCACUACAAGACUUCAAAAUACACACUACAUUGUCUAGAAACACCAUCAGGACUUAAAUUUGUCAUGAAUACUGACAACCAAGCUCAAGGGGUGCGGGAAUUGUUAAAAAAGAUUUAUGGAGAAAUUUAUGUUCAAUAUGCUAUUAGGAAUCCCCUGUGUGGAAUUGGUGAGCCAAUAACUAGUGAACUAUUUAAAAGUAAACUUGAUGCUUUCAUCAAAACUACUCCAAUUCAUGCAGUGAGAGCUUCAUGAUAGAAACCCUCAAUAAAAUAGUUAUUAUUAAGUAUUCUAAGGACUGUGCUGUAUAAUAGUAUAUUCCUAAGUUGUAUAAUUUAAAAAUGUAUACUUAAGAAUUGUAUCCCUGCGUGUUACACUAUAUCUUGUCAAGUGACAACCAAAACUCACUAAUUACUACCAUAAGUUCAGGGCCGUAGUGAACCAUAGUAGUAACAAACAAGGUUGAUUUUUAUUUUAUAAUUUUUGUGUAAUUAGGUAGUGAGUUAUGGUUCUCGUCACCUAACAAUCUCUAUACAGAUAAUCUUAACUUUUUUUUAUAAGAUGUUAGCUUCCUCCUCCUCACACACCUCAGCCUGUAAGAACAGAGUAAACAUGACACUGUGCUUUGCUGCACUCUAGUUAGGCAACUGACUGGAAUGCUGAAGUGAUAUUUUGAAUAAAAUUUUAAGUUUUAAUAGCUGCAUGGCAUUCUAUAGUUUAUUUAUUAAGAAAUAUGGUUUGUUUAUUAGCUGUUUAACAUCAUAAUGUUUUAUAUUUACCUACACUGUAUAAGGAUAUGAUAUAAAUUAUAAUAUAUUUAACCUAA